CAACAGCAGACCGUUAUCGGGAUUACGUGAGUAAACAAAUUAUUAAAUUAUAAAGAAAUUAUAUUGAAACCUAUUGAAGCUAUUGUUUAAGCUAUUUCGAAUAAAUAAAGGACCUUUUUGAUGGGUGGACGAGCCCACAGCCCACCUGGUGUUAAGUGGUUACUGGAGCCCAUAGACAUCCACAACGUAAAUGCGCCACCCACCUUGAGAUAUAAGUUCUAAGGUCUCAAGUAAGAUACAACGGCUGCCCCACCCUUCAAACCGAAACGCAUUACUGCUUCACGGCCGAAAUAGGCAGGGUGGUGGUACCCACCCGCGCGGAUUCACAAGAGGUCCUACCACCAGUAGAUUGUUGGGUAAAAUUUUUUUAGCUCAAUAGGCUAGUUAUAUUUAAAAGUGUGUGGCGGUAUUAGGCUGCGCUAAUUGCUAGAUCCCAACCAAUUCUAAAUUAAAAUUAGUACUGGAUUUUUAGUUAGGCAUAUAUACAUAGAUGAUGCACUUGUAGAAAUAUAGUAGAACUUUUGUCGGCACCGGCCUGGCUCUGCCCCUGGCAUUGCUGAGGUCAAUGGGCGACGGUUACCACUCACCAUCAGGUGGGCCGUAUGCUCGUCUGCCUGCAAGGGCAAUAAAACAAAAACUCAAAAUACUUGUCCAAACCUCGUCAUGUUCGUAGUUAUUAUCUUGUUAUUUUAAUCAUUAUCCUUGUUGAGGUUAUUCUAAAUGAUUAAACUCAAAGGCCGUCUGGUGUAGUGGUAAGUGACAUGGUCACUACACAAGGGGGUCGCGGGUUCGAAUCCCGCCAAGGGAAGAUAUUUGUAUGAUAAAUAUAAAUGUCUUUUCCAGGGUUAUGGAUGUAUAUUAAAUAUAUGUAUGUGUAUAAUAAAAAUCUUAAAAAAAAAAAAAAGGACGUUGGUGUCGCGAACAAAAGAACUUGAAGUGGGAUACCUAAAAUUGAGAUACGUUACACAAGCAAUGGCAUUUUGAGAAGGAAUAAUUUGACGAUCGCACGUUAACAAAACCAUACUUGAGACCUUGGAACUUAUAUCUCAAGGUGGGUGGCGCAUUUACACAUCUACAGCGUAAAUGCGCCACACACCUUGAGAUAUAAGUUCUAAGAUCUCAGUAUAGUUACAACGAAAUAAAAUCAUUUCUUUCCAGAAAUAUGCGUUUUGUUUGUAUAUUCGUAGCUGCUCUGGGGCUCGCUGCGGCGUACCCUAAGAAUGACGUGGUUGGCGCUAAUGCAAUUAUCCAAUUCUUGGAAAAUCCAGAUGAGGGCGAGAGCCUUGACUUUGAAGCGCUAAUUCUUUCGAUGCUCGAGCGCUUCAGGCAGACCAUGAUCACUGGAUCAGAAACGUUACCCGUUUUGGACCCAUUUCAAUUGGAUCGCCUCUCAGUUGAUGAUCAAACGAUACCGCUUCCUGGACUACGUAUGACCCUAGAGGAUUUGGAAGUCAGGAAACUAAGCACGUUUGAGAUCAACUCCUUGACGUUCGAUAUAAUUUCAGUACUUCGAGGACUCUUCGGCCUUUCGAUCGACGGAGAAGUACCAGUCAUUGCGUUGGACGCUGGUAAAUACGAUCUCAGCGUGACUGCUUUGGGCUUCACAAUAUACGGCAAUGGUGAAGCGAAAAUCCGCGUGAUCCGUCCUCGUAUCAAGGCGACUCUGUUGAUCCACUUGAAUAUCCGUGAAGGAAUGGCCCUGAAUCUCCAAGAAGCGGACGUUGCUAUUAGCCUUGAAGGUUUUCAGACUGAAAUAACCGGUAUCUUCAAUGAUCCCGUAUUAAGUGAGUUUGUCAGUAGAUUCCUUGGGAACUUGGUGCCGGAGCUAUUGGAGGUGUUUGAGACGGAGAUUAACGAAAUAGUGACUGAUAUCUUUUUUGAAAUCGCUCAAGAUAUUAUUAAAGACUUGGAUUUAGGCGGUAUUUUAGGGUGAAAAAUUAUCUUUGUAAGCGUUUUGGAUUGAAAAAUAUGUUUAAUACGACUUAUGUAAUUACUUUUUCAUCAAAAUAAAUUUAUUAUCUUCUUAA